CGCUGAUGCCGCAGCCAUCAGGCAGCCAUGGAGCCGAGCUUUAGGGUGGUGGGGCUGCGACAAGGUUCCCUUUGACUGCGCCACAUCAUGCCCCUCAGCUUCUUCCGGCGCCUUCUCCUUGCGGCCCUGCUGCUGGUGAUUGUCUGGACCCUCUUCGGUCCUUCAGGCCUCGGGGAGGAGCUGCUGAGCCUCUCCCUAGCCUCCCUGCUCCCAGCACCAGCAUCACCUGGGCCACCCCUGGCCCUGCCCCGCCUCUUGAUCCCCAACAAGGACGCCUGUCGUGGCCCUGGCUCCCCUCCCUUCCUGCUCAUCCUGGUGUGUACGGCCCCUGAGAACCUCAACCAAAGAAACGCCAUUCGGGCCUCGUGGGGCGGGCAGCGCGAGGCCCGAGGGCUCAGGGUGCAGACUCUCUUUCUUCUGGGAGAGCCGAGCCGGGGGCAUCCCUCCUGGGGCUCGCAUGAGAACCACCUGGAACAGGAGUCUUCGGCCCAGGGAGACAUCUUGCAGGCGGCCUUCCAGGACUCCUACCGCAACCUUACCCUCAAGACCCUCAGUGGGCUGAAUUGGGCCAACAAACACUGCCCCAUGGCCCGCUACGUCCUCAAGACCGAUGAUGAUGUGUUUGUCAACGUCCCGGAACUGGUAUCAGAGCUGGUCCGGCGAGGGGGCCGUUGGGAGCAAUGGGAGCGGGGCACAGAGGCCCAGAAAGAAGCUGAGGCUGGAGGUGAAAAGUGGGAGGGAGGCGGCCCCACUUUGGGGAGCCAGCCUGUGCCUCUUUUGUAUCUGGGCCGUGUGCACUGGCGGGUGCACCCCUCUCGGACACCAGGGGGCAAGCACCAGAUAUCAGAGGAGCAGUGGCCUCCCACCUGGGGCCCUUUUCCACCCUAUGCCUCUGGCACAGGGUAUGUGCUGUCAGCUUCUGCUGUGCAGCUCAUCCUCAAAGUGGCCAGCCGGUCACCUCCUCUGCCAUUGGAGGAUGUCUUUGUAGGGGUAAGUGCUCGACGAGGAGGCCUCACCCCAACCCACUGUGUCAAGCUGGCUGGUGCCACCCACUACCCCCUGGACCGGUGCUGCUAUGGGAAAUUCCUGCUGACAUCCCACAGGUUGGACCCCUGGAAGAUGCAGGAAGCCUGGAAGCUGGUGGGCGGCUCUGAUGGGGAAAGGACUGUACCCUUCUGCUCCUGGCUCCAGGGAGUCCUGGGCAUCCUGCGGUGUCGGGUAAUAGCCUGGCUGCACAGCUGAGAGGACCUGGGCCAUAGGAGAGGAGGAGCUCAGGGUCCAAUCAGCACCCCCACAACCCUUCUCCCAGGCCCAAGGCAACUGACUACAACUGAACAGUUCCCCUACACCAGAUGCUUAGUUUGUCACUGAAGCCUGAAGGAUAUAGGGGUUACUUGGGACCUGGCCUACCAGCCCCAAAUAUAGUCAUCAGAAGUGUAAAACAUCUGUGA